AUGGAUAUUAAGUUAGAUGCUAUAUGUCGAGGUUCCUAUUUACUUGUUCGAAGAGUAGCCGAUCUUUCAGACCCACAGCGUUCGGAGAUGAUGGAGCUGCGUCGACAUUCUGGGGCAUUUGCAGUGGUGACCAUGAUUAUCAUCUUUGCCUUGCAAUCGACUGAGACGGCUGCUGCGAAGUUGAAAGUAGCAAACGAAAAAAUAAGCAAUUUACAUUUCUAUUUCCAUGACACAUUUUCAGGACAGAACGUGACGGCCGUGGAGGUAGCGCAUGCUCCAUCGACCAAUGCUUCCGCCACUUUCUUCGGAACCCUAAUUGUGAUUGACGAUCUGUUGACGGAAUGCCCUGAGCCCACCUCCAAAUUGUUGGGUAGAGCUCAGGGUUUGUAUGCAAUGACCAGUCAAGUGGAUAUUCAACUGCUCAUGGCGGUCACUUUCGUCUUUCAGAGUGGAGAGUUUAAUGGAAGCACACUGGCCGUGGUGGGGCACAACUCUGUGUUUAACGAUGUUAGGGAAAUGCCAAUUGUUGGAGGAAGCGGGAAAUUCAGGCUGGCUCGAGGGUAUGCCCUCGCCCACACAUAUUCCUUCGACCUCCAGGCUAGGAAUGCCAUCGUCCAUUAUAAUGUCACUGUGCUUCAUUACUAG